UGAGAUGGUGAGAGACGCAGCUCGAGACGUCCAUACGUGCCUUAUCUUAGUGGCAGUGACGUGAUAUUGCAGCUCCAGUCCUGAGGCUCGGCGAGAAAGCGCUUUCCAUCUCACUCCACAGCGAGUCAGCAGCAUCCUCCAUCCGUCAGGGAUUGCGCUCUACCUGCUACCCGACCUGGGCAUCUCUUGAGGGACGGGCAGACAACGACUUAUGAUCAGUCGAGAUUCACAACAUUUUUAGCCCUCGUUCUAGUGUCCGCUCACUUCUGUUGCGUUCUCAUCACUUGGCUGCGUUGAGGUGGGGGAAAAAAAAGGAGCGAGAUGAUGAUCCAGCCUGGAGUCUAAUGCAUUUUUGCUCAUUGACCAUCUUGUUGCUCUAGACUUCUAUCAUCGGCAAUGGGAGAUAUCGAUUCGCAGGGGAGCGACACGUUUCAUUUCUAAAUUAUGUUUCCAAGUAUGUGGGAAAAAUAGCCAUAGCUUUCAGAGUGCAAGGCCAAAUGACAUAGGAUGAAGGCUGUUCGUAAUCUGUUGAUUUAUAUAUUUUCCACCUAUCUCCUGGUUAUGUUUGGAUAUACUGGUGCCCAAGAUUUCUGGUGUUCCACGCUGGUAAAAGGAGUUAUCUAUGGAUCUUAUUCGAUAAAUGAAAUGUUUCCCAAGAACUUCACAAACUGCACAUGGACGUUGGAGAACCCUGAUCCUACCAAAUACAGCAUCUACCUAAAACUUUACAAACGAGAAAUUAGCUGUUCUGAAUUCUCUCUGCUGGCUUACCAGUUCGAUCACUUCUCUCACGAGAAGAUCAACGAGCUGUUGAGGAUCAACGAGUCCAUCGUGCACCUGUGUGAUGACGCCAAGAAUAUUUAUGUGUUUUUGCAUUACGACAAAAAUUUCGUGCAGCUCCGGCGAGUGUUUCCCUACGACUACAACGGAUUGAUGACGAAGAAGACAGAGGAGGAGGAAAUGUCUGUGGUGGAGUUUGUGGUUUUAAACAAGGCGAGCCCAAGUCAGUUUGGAUGUCAGGUGUUAUGCACGUGGUUGGAAAACUGCUUGAAAGGAGAGAAAGCUGAAUCGUGUGGAAUAGUCUACGUUAAAUGCACCUGCCCACAACAUUUAGGCGAUGGGGAAUCUGAAAGCGUGCUGAUGCUCAGUAACGUGGUGUUGCCUUUAAAUCCCCAAACCGAAGGAUGCCUGACUCCUCAGGUGCGCUCAGCGCAGGUGUGCAAUCUGAGCGCGGAGGUGCGGCGCCCAUCCAAGGAGGAAUAUGGAAUGAUCGGAGAACAUACUGUAAAAAGUCAGCGGCCAAGAUCAGUACAUGACACAAAGGGCCUACAGGAGCGAGAUGAAUCUGCUAAAUUUAUGGCACAAACUGGUGACCCUGGUGCUGAGGAGUGGUCCCAGUGGAGCUCUUGCUCAGUUACAUGCGGUCAAGGGUCGCAGGUGCGAACAAGAACAUGUGUCUCACCAUACGGAUCACACUGCAGCGGCCCUUUAAGAGAAUCCAGGGUGUGCAAUAACACUGCCCCCUGCCCAGUGCACGGUGUGUGGGAAGAGUGGUCUCCAUGGAGCCUCUGCUCUUUCACCUGUGGGCGGGGUCAUCGCACCCGCGCUCGGAUGUGCACUCCACCCCAGCAUGGAGGAAGAGCGUGUGAGGGACCCGAGACCCAGAGCAAACUCUGCAACAUUGCCCUCUGCCCAGUGGACGGGCAGUGGCAGGAGUGGAGUGCGUGGAGCGAUUGCUCGGUGACCUGUGCCAACGGAACGCAACAGCGGAAGAGGCAGUGCUCAGCGGCUGCUCAUGGGGGAUCUGAGUGCAGAGGACAUUGGGCGGAGAGCAGAGAAUGCUCCAACCCUGAAUGCACAGCUAACGGACAGUGGAACGCUUGGGCUCCAUGGAGUGGGUGUUCUAAGUCCUGUGACGGUGGUUGGCAGCGGAGGGUGCGCGUAUGCCAGGGGCUGGCGGUCACGGGGCAGCCAUGUGAUGGCAGCGGGGAGGAGGUCCGCAGAUGCAGCGAGCAGCGUUGCCCAGCUCCUUAUGAAAUAUGCCCUGAGGAUUAUGCUGUGUCCAUGCUGUGGAGAAGAACUCCCUCUGGGGAACUGGCCUUCAACAGGUGUCCUCCCAACGCCACGGGCACCACUAGUCGACGCUGCUCACUGGAUCACCGCGGGGUGGCCUAUUGGGAGCAGCCCAGCUACGCUCGAUGCAUUGCAAAUGAAUACAGAUACUUGCAGCAAUCAGUCCAGGGGCACCUUGCUAAAGGUCAGAGGAAUCUGGCAGGAGAUGGCAUGUCCCAGGUUACGAAGGUCCUCCUAGACCUCACCCAAAGACGCAAUUUCUAUGCAGGUGACCUUCUCUCUUCAGUGGAGAUUCUUCAAAACGUCACAGACACCUUCAAAAGGGCCAGCUAUGAACCCUCUUCUGAUGACGUUCAGAAUUUUUUUCAGAUCAUCAGCAAUCUCCUGGAAGAAGAGAACAGAGAAAAGUGGGAAGAUGCGCAACAGAUUUACCCGGGGUCUGUGGAGCUCAUGCAGGUCAUUGAAGAGUUCAUCCACAUCGUCGGGCUGGGAAUGAAGGACUUCCAUAAUUCCUACCUGAUGACAGGAAAUCUGGUUGCGAGUAUACAGAGGUUGCCUGCGGUAUCUGUGAUGACAGACAUUAACUUUCCCAUGAAGGGACGGAAAGGGAUGGUGGACUGGGCCAGAAAUUCUGAGGACAAAGUUGUCAUUCCCAAAGGAAUCUUUGUGCCCCAGACAGCAGAUAUGGAUGGAUCUCCUGUAUUCAUUCUUGGAACGGUUCUCUACAAGACUCUUGGCCUUAUGCUGCCUGCUCCUCGGAAUAACACUGCUGUGAACUCAAAAGUGAUUGCUGUGACUGUCCAACCAGAACCCAGGGUUACAGAAGCCCAGCUGGAGAUUGAGUUAGCUCAUCUAGCUAAUGGAACAAUGAAUCCAUUCUGUGCACUGUGGGACAGCUCUAUUAUGAACGAUUCUUGGGGCAGCUGGAGCUCUAAAGGAUGCAGAACUGUGCUCACCGAUGCAUCCCACACCAAAUGCUUAUGUGAUCGGGUAUCUACCUUCGCCAUUUUGGCUCAACAACCCAGAGAAAUAGCUAUGGAGUACACAGGGGUUCCAUCUGUGACACUAAUAGUGGGCUGUGGUCUUUCCUGCCUGGCCUUGAUCACACUGACCGUGGUGUAUGCUGUUCUAUGGAGGUACAUCAGGUCGGAGAGAUCAAUCAUUCUGAUCAAUUUCUGCCUUUCAAUCAUCUGCUCCAACAUCCUGAUCCUUGUUGGACAGACACAGACACACAAUGCGGGUAUAUGCACGAUGACAACUGCAUUUCUGCACUUCUUUUUCCUGGCGUCCUUCUGCUGGGUUUUGACAGAAGCUUGGCAGUCCUAUAUGGCUGUGACAGGGAAAGUUCGGACCAGGCUCAUCCGGAAACGCUUCCUCUGCCUGGGAUGGGGAUUGCCUGCUUUAGUGGUCGCUAUCUCAAUGGGAUUCACAAAAGCAAAAGGAUACGGGACACCUCAGUACUGUUGGCUAUCUCUGGAAGGUGGUCUUCUCUAUGCAUUUGUGGGACCUGCUGCUGCAGUGGUGCUGGUUAACAUGGUGAUUGGUAUUCUAGUGUUUAAUAAACUGGUUUCGAGAGAUGGGAUCCUGGAUAAGAAACUAAAACACAGAGCAGGGCAGAUGAGCGAGCCCCAUACAGGAUUAACUUUAAAAUGUGCCAAAUGUGGUGUCGUCUCAACUACUGCUUUAUCAGCAACAGCGGCCAGCAACGCCAUGGCCUCCCUAUGGAGUUCCUGUGUCGUUCUCCCUCUAUUAGCUCUCACCUGGAUGUCUGCGGUGCUGGCCAUGACGGACAAACGCUCAAUUCUAUUCCAGAUCCUCUUUGCGGUCUUUGACUCCCUGCAAGGCUUUGUCAUAGUCAUGGUCCACUGUAUCCUCAGAAGAGAGGUUCAAGAUGCCUUCAGAUGUCGCCUGAGAAACUGUCAAGACCCCAUCAAUGCAGAUGCAACUGGUACAUUUCCCAACGGGCAUGCACAGAUCAUGACGGAUUUUGAGAAAGACGUGGACAUCGCAUGUCGAUCAGCCCUCCACAAAGACAUGGGCUCCUGUCGAGCGGCCACCAUCACCGGCACCCUCUCCCGCAUCUCUCUCAAUGAUGAGGAGGAAGAGAAAGGUCCCGAGGGGCUCAAUUACUCCACGUUGCCUGGCAACAUCAUGUCUAAAGUGAUCAUCCAGCAGCCCUCUGGACUUCACAUGUCCAUGGGCAUGGGCGAUCUGGGAGAGCAGUGUUUGGACAGCACGGCAGACAUGCGGCGAACCGUAUACCUGUGUACAGAUGACGCCACCAGGCAGAGCGAGCAGGAGCUGAGCGCCCACGACCUGAGUGGCCACCCUCAGCCGGGGCAGAUGGAAACGGACUACAUCGUCCUGCCUCGCAGUUCCGCGGCGGUGUCGGCGGCUGGGUCUAGCUGCAUUCCCACCCUGCUGAAGGAGGACAGCAAGAUGAGCAUGACCAUGGACUCUCUGUCGCACGACAGGUUGAUGCAUUACAAGAUGGGCGCUGAGUUUAACCUCGGGCCCUCGGGGAUGGAGCACAUGGGAAUGGAACAGCAGUACCCCGUCCAGGCCGAACACAUGCAGAAUCUGCCCUUCGAGCCACGCACGGCUGUGAAGAACUUCCUGGCAGAAAUGGAGGAGAGCGGAGGACUGUCACGUAGUGAAACCGGUUCAACUAUAUCGAUGAGCUCUUUAGAGAGAAGAAAGUCGAGGUACCAGGAUCUAGACUUCGAGGACAAGGCAAUGCUAAACAAGAACCCCUGGGAGAGUUUCAACCUGGCAAGUGAAUAUCAGAACUACGCCACAAUGAAUGUACUAGAAUCAGACACAAAGAACUCUCUGGAGAUGACUAACGCUGAGUGGGAAAAGUGUGUCAGCCUCCCUUUGGACGUCCAGGAGGGAGACUUUCAGACAGAAGUCUGAGGAAUAAUGAAGCGUUAGCAGGGACGCGGAAGAAGGUGGACAUAUUUUGCACUGAACAAAAACACGGAAGACUUCUCAUGCAGCCUUGGAAAGACAUAUCUGGAUUCUAGGAGUCUAGCAGGGACAAUAUGUGCCAAUAAGAUUUUAAAACAAGGAAGGACAGACAGAAAAAAAGACGUUAGAAAAAGACAAAAAAAAAACAACAACUGUGUUAUCUUUUUUUUGUAUUCUCACUCGUGUAUUUAGUGGGGGGCAGACAAUAUCGAACAUCAUGUUUCAAAAGUAACCAGUUGGAAAAUAAUCGGUUCCAAAAGCGUUAUCUUUCCAAAUGAAACCUCAAAAGAGAAAACGACACGACGUGAUGUCCACCCACGAGCGGCGGCUGGGUUCGGUUUUUCGUUCGGCGGGAGACGAGCCCAGGAAUACAAUGUAUAUACUUGCGCAGGUUUUUAAAAAGUUUAUAACAAGUCCGUUUGGCCAUUACUACACUUUUUACUUUAUAAUAUGAAAAGACAAAACUAUUCAGAGGCAAAGAGGAUUUUUUUUCUUUCAUUUAAAAACGAAUGUUUGUCGAGCUACAUUCUUCAUUGCUUUAAAUGCAAUAAAGGUAAUACUCACUUUUUUUAUGAAUAAUAUAUUUCAAAACUUUAAUACUGCAGAAUCUGCCUGGAAGCUCAGUAAAGCUCUCUCAUCUGCAGCCCUGUAUAAAAUAUUUAAAAAUCAAAAAUGUUGUAUGGUGUAAAUAAAACUUUUGUCUACAUAUGUUUUACUUGUGCCAAGCUUAUUUUAAUGAGAAAAGAGAAAAUUGCCAACUUGAUGAGAGUUAGCGAAAAAUGUUAACAUUUGAAAAAGGAAUGUAAAUAAAAGAGGAAAUAUG